AUGAUGAUUGGAACAACAAUCUUGAUUACUUUUUUAAUUCUCUUAUAUUCAACGAUUUGUAUAUCUGAUCCAUGUCGAUUCGAAUAUCCUGGAAAAGGUGUAAUUGAUAUAACUUCUUUGGGUCGAUCAGAUGGUAAAGCUGCAUAUGCAGACAUACUACCAUUAAUACCAUCUGGUUACAAAUAUAGUUAUAACCCAUGUAAACAAUUCUCUGAAGGAUCUGUCUGUGUAAAUACAGCCGCUUGUCAAAUGUCAAUCAAUGAACAAUAUCAGUAUAAUAUUGGUGAGCAAGAAACCGCGACAUGGAGUCCAGGAAAUGGAACGAAUAUUGAUCCGUCAAUUACUUAUACACAUGAUGACAGAACAUUUGUUGUUCAACUACGAUGUUCAACAAGUGAAAAAGCAGAGUUUCAAGUUUUUGGUGAAGAUCCACAAACUCGUUAUACGGGUCGUUUGACACAUAAAUGUGCUUGUUGGAAUGGAUGUGCAAAUGCAACCUCAACAACAACAACAACAACGACGGCGACGACGACGACGAUAACAACAACAGCUGUACCACCAUCAUCCAAUCCAUGUCGAUUCGAAUAUCCUGGCAAAGGUGUCAUCGAUUUGAGUUUUAUUGGUCGAACAGAUGAAAAAGCAGCAUAUUCAGAUGAAACAACACGAACAACAUCGAAUUUUAAAUAUAGUUAUAAUCCAUGUAGACGAUUUUCUCAAGGAGCCGAUUGUAUCGGUGUGUCUGUUUGUCAAAUUUCGAAUGAUAAUCAACAAACGUUUCCUCUUGGUAUUCAAGAAAGUGCUUCAUGGACUCCAGGAUCAGAUUUCAAUAGUGUUCCUUCAAUUAAUUAUAUAUAUAAGAGAAAAAAAGUCACUGUAUUGUUACAAUGUUCUCCUGAAGGAAAUAAUGAAUUUCAAGCUUUUGGUGAAGAUCCAGUAAAUAAUUAUAAAUUUCAAUUGACACAUAAAUGUGCUUGUUGGAAUGGAUGUUCAAAUGCAUCUUCAAUAAUUGAAACAGCAGUACGAGCAUCAAAGAAAAGUGCAACUAUAAGUACCUGA